UUAAGCCAGACUUCAGGUUUAUGAGCCGGUUAUCAACUGCACUGUGCUCAGCGUGCAAUGGGUCUGCUUAGACCCCCCAAAAAAUUCAGGUGCUCGGAUUCACUGGAGACAGAAUCGGAAGCUCAGCGCGAGUUAAGGACAGAGACUGUCCUGGGUGGGAGCGCGAUGGUGUUUCAAUACGUACACUUGUUACAACGGGUGACCAUGCUGCCUGUGUUUCUGGUGGUUGCCUCGCUUGUCAUCGAGGCUGACUUGAGUGAAAGUCAUUGUCUGGGAUCGGAUGUCCUGUGCACCACUGCGGAUUAUCAGCUCCGGCGUUACAAUGAAUCGGUCUGGGUUGGAACACACGUGGAUAUCAACAAUAGACCCACAGUUGACACUUUCAUACAGCCCCUAAACCGGUACCUUAGUGGAGAAAACUCCGCAGGAUUGCGAAUCAAAAGCACUGGACAUUUUCUCAUUUCAUUCGCCGGAGAUGGAGAGAUUACAAUGUAUUUGAUGGUUCCCGAAGAACUUUGGGAAAACCCUCCAACACCAACGAGCCCAGAAACAUUUAUAACUCGUUUCCCGACAAUGGACGUGUUCGCCAGGAGGAUUCGAGGGACAAUCAGGACCCAGGCAAACGACUUGAACCACACGCUCACUGAACAGAAUGCAAAAUUCAACAAAUCCUUCUUCUUCGUAUCUUUAUGCAUUGGGUCUGUCAGACGCAGGGUGUUUCGGUCUCCAGUAACUGAUAGCCGUCCCUGGUACAGCAAACGCAGCAUCCAUUCAUCCCUAGGAGCUUAUCACUGUGACCGCAGACGCGGGGGACUUGCACCUCCAGGAGCUGAUAACCUUGACUGGAAUUUCUUCUGGGGACCUGAAGUCACUAUCGGUGGGGUCUCGUAUGACUUCAGCUCGAUACCGGCGUGCAACGAGGUCUGGUUUGUUGCCUCUGGCGGGAUGGAUUGCACGGUCGCGUGAGAACGAUGGAAAUCGCUCUGGAUCCCCCACAUUGCUUCGUAUCAAUCACCGCCUUCGGCAGCUCCGCUAAUAACGAGUUCCCAUACCGCUAAUCAAUAAUCAAAACACUGGCCUGUUCACCCAGCCCGGCCUCGACACCCCGUGACCAACGCGUGACUGAUCGUCAUCUACUCUCACAGUAACCGCAGUGUGGCUAGAUCAGGAGCCCAGUUCUAGGACCUGCGGCCAUCAGGGUCCUCCACUGACCCAGGAACAUCGGACCGCGUUCUUUAGCAAGUAGCCCUGAGACAAAAAUGUGACCAUGUCGGCCUGGGGCGCCGCGUCCCGGUGAACAGACAGAUGUGUCCUGACCUGGGUUCUUUUGCAUUCCUGGUGCGCGAGUGAGAUCCGGAACACAUCAAACACCCUGGCCCACGCAGGUUGAAGCUUGGGGUUUUAAGGGAUGUCUUUGUCUCCUCGGGGAACGCAAUGGGAAAGAUAACGACCACAUACCACUGCUCUCUGACCGCACGGGUUCUUGGCGCUGGAGCCCUGCACACACUGGGCAGAACAGGCAGUGGAUGUUCGCUAUGAUGCACCUCCUGUCUCGAUGUAACUGCAAUAAUUCUCCUGCGCUCUGAUUAUGGGAAAGGGUUAUUUUUCUUCCGGUAUUCACAUUCUCUGGUAUCGGUACUGACGAUAGACUAUCCCACUGAUCGCUGCUCCGCCGUAGUACAACAGUUACCCUAUCCACCUGCAUGACUUAAUAAAACUGACGCUGUUUGCAUUAAA